UUCCUCCAGACCGCAGGGGCGCUGUGGCACAGACUCACUGACGCUGUGCUGCUGCUGAUCUGAGCGCUCUUCAGCGGAUUCAUGUAACAUAUCUCGCUUUAAACACCGUUUCACUUCAUUUCUGGCUGUUCGUGUGUUUUAAGUGAACGCCAUGUCCUACAAUUACGUGGUCACAGCGCAGAAGCCCACGGCAGUGAACGCCUGUAUCACGGGUCACUUCACAUCUGCGGAGGAUCUGAACCUGCUGAUCGCCAAGAACACGCGUCUGGAGAUCUAUGUGGUCACCGCGGAGGGCCUGCGGCCGGUCAAAGAGGUCGGCAUGUACGGCAAGAUCGCAGUCAUGGAGCUCUUCAGACCCAAGGGUGAGAGCAAAGAUCUUCUGUUCAUUUUGACUGCCAAAUACAACGCCUGUAUCCUGGAGUACAAGCAGAACGGAGACAGCAUCGACAUCAUCACCCGUGCUCACGGCAACGUCCAGGAUCGCAUCGGCCGUCCCUCGGAAACCGGGAUCAUCGGGAUCGUGGAUCCGGAGUGCCGUAUGAUCGGCUUGCGGCUGUACGACGGGCUGUUUAAGGUCAUCCCGCUGGACCGCGACAACCGCGAGCUCAAAGCCUUCAACAUUCGUCUGGAGGAGCUGCAGGUCAUAGACGUCCAGUUCCUGUACGGCUGCCAGGCGCCGACCGUCUGCUUCAUAUAUCAGGACCCUCAGGGUCGACACGUCAAGACGUACGAGGUGUCUCUCAGGGAGAAGGAGUUCAACAAAGGUCCCUGGAAGCAGGAAAAUGUGGAAGCUGAAGCAUCAAUGGUCAUUCCAGUCCCAGAGCCGUUUGGAGGUGCUAUAAUCAUUGGACAGGAGUCCAUCACGUAUCACAACGGAGACAAAUACUUGGCGAUCGCACCUCCGACCAUCAAGCAAAGCACCAUCGUGUGCCAUAAUCGCGUGGACCCGAACGGCUCGCGGUACCUGCUGGGAGACAUGGAGGGCCGGCUGUUCAUGCUGCUGCUGGAGAAAGAGGAGCUGAUGGACGGUGCGGUGGUGCUCAAAGACCUGCGCGUGGAGCUGCUGGGAGAGACCUCCAUCGCCGAGUGUCUGACGUAUCUGGAUAACGGCGUGGUGUUCGUGGGAUCCAGACUGGGAGACUCUCAGCUAGUGAAGUUGAAUGUGGACAGUAAUGACCAGGGCUCAUAUGUGGCUGUAAUGGAGACCUUCACGAACCUGGGGCCGAUAGUGGACAUGUGUGUGGUGGACCUGGAGAGACAAGGACAGGGCCAGUUGGUGACAUGCUCCGGGGCGUUUAAGGAAGGCUCUCUGAGGAUCAUCCGCAAUGGCAUAGGAAUCCAUGAGCACGCCAGCAUCGACCUGCCUGGAAUUAAAGGUCUGUGGCCACUUCGCUCCGAGUCAGGCAGAGACACUGAUGACAUGCUGGUUCUGUCUUUUGUUGGUCAGACCAGAGUGCUGAUGCUGAGCGGAGAGGAGGUGGAGGAGACAGAGUUGCCGGGAUUUGUGGAUAAUCAGCAGACGUUCUUCUGUGGGAAUGUAGCGCAUCAGCAGCUCAUACAGAUCACGUCGGUGUCCGUGCGGCUGGUCACUCAGGACAGCAAGGCUCUGGUGAGCGAGUGGAAGGAGCCGCAGGGCAGGAACAUCAGCGUGGCGUCCUGUAACAGCACACAGGUGGUGCUGGCUGUGGGACGAGUCCUCUAUUACCUUCAGAUACUCACCGGAGAACUCAAACAGAUCAGCUCUACAGAGAUGGAGCAUGAGGUGGCGUGUCUGGACAUCACUCCUCUGGGCGAGAGCGCAGGAGAGUCCAGCAUCUGCGCUGUGGGACUCUGGACCGACAUCUCGGCUCGCCUGCUGAAGUUGCCCUGCUUCAGCCCGCUGCACAAAGAGAUGCUGGGCGGAGAGAUCAUCCCUCGAUCCAUCCUCAUGACUACGUUUGAGGGCAGUCACUACCUGCUGUGCGCUCUGGGAGAUGGGGCGCUCUUCUACUUCGGACUGGACAUUCAGACAGGUGUUUUGAGUGAACGUAAGAAGGUCACUCUCGGCACUCAGCCGACGGUUCUGCGCACCUUCCGCUCGCUCUCCACAUCCAAUGUGUUCGCCUGCUCUGACAGACCGACCGUCAUCUACUCCAGCAACCACAAACUGGUCUUCUCUAACGUCAACCUCAAGGAGGUGAACUACAUGUGCCCGCUCAACUCCGAGGGCUACCCUGACAGUUUGGCUCUGGCCAAUAACAGCACUCUGACCAUCGGCACGAUUGACGAGAUCCAGAAGCUGCACAUCCGAACCGUGCCGCUCUACGAGUCGCCCAAGCGGAUCUGCUAUCAGGAGGUGUCUCAGUGCUUCGGAGUUCUGUCCAGUAGAGUAGAAAUGCAGGAUGCCAGUGGAACGACAGCAGCCGUGCGGCCCAGUGCCAGCACACAGGCGUUGUCCAGCAGUGUGAGCUCCAGUAAGUUGUUUCCCAGCAGCACGUCGCCUCACGAGACGUCGUUCGGAGAGGAGGUGGAGGUGCACAGUUUACUGGUGGUGGAUCAGCACACGUUCGAGGUGCUGCAUGCGCAUCAGUUCCUGCAGAACGAGUACGCCCUCAGCAUGGUCUCCUGUAAGCUGGGCAGAGAUCCUGCCGUCUACUUCAUCGUCGGCACAGCAAUGGUGUAUCCAGAGGAGGCGGAGCCUAAGCAGGGCCGCAUCAUCGUCUUUCACUAUACAGACGGUAAACUGCAGACGGUGGCAGAGAAGGAGGUUAAAGGUGCCGUUUACUCUAUGGUGGAGUUUAAUGGUAAACUGUUGGCCAGCAUCAACAGCACCGUGCGUCUGUACGAGUGGACGGCAGAGAAGGAGCUGCGGACCGAGUGCAAUCACUAUAAUAACAUCAUGGCCCUGUAUCUGAAGACUAAAGGCGACUUCAUCCUGGUGGGCGACCUGAUGCGCUCCGUGCUGCUGCUGGCCUACAAACCCAUGGAGGGCAGCUUUGAGGAGAUCGCCCGUGAUUUCAAUCCAAACUGGAUGAGUGCUGUCGAAAUCCUGGAUGAUGACAACUUCCUUGGAGCCGAGAAUGCUUUCAACCUGUUUGUCUGCCAGAAAGACAGUGCGGCCACUACAGAUGAGGAGCGGCAGCACCUACAGGAAGUGGGUCUGUUCCACCUGGGCGAGUUUGUCAACGUGUUUUCACACGGUUCUCUGGUGCUGCAGAACCUGGGCGAGAGCUCCACUCCAACCCAAGGGUCUGUGCUGUUCGGCACGGUCAACGGCAUGAUCGGUUUGGUGACGUCACUGUCAGAGGGCUGGUACAGUUUACUGCUGGAUCUACAGAACCGACUCAACAAAGUCAUCAAGAGCGUCGGCAAGAUAGAGCACAGCUUCUGGAGGUCAUUCCACACCGAGCGCAAGACCGAGCAGGCCACAGGAUUCAUUGAUGGAGAUCUUAUCGAGAGCUUCCUGGAUCUGGGUCGAGCCAAGAUGCAGGAGGUGGUCAGCACACUGCAGAUCGAUGACGGCAGCGGAAUGAAGCGGGAAGCCACGGUGGACGAGGUUAUUAAAAUCGUGGAGGAGCUGACGCGGAUCCACUAGCCAAUCAGAGCGUCUCAGAUCUGUACAUAGCUAUACAUAAAUCAGAGGGUGUGAGUGCGUGCGCAUUCCUGUAGAAUGAAUUGAGUCCCUCACAGCCUCAUGUAUGCACGCACAUCACUUCACAACCACACUCGCAGCAUUUGUCUUGAGAGCGUAGAGACGAGGAACAGAGGUUAUUCUGCCAUCACUGUCCAAUACUGAUCUGCAAUAGUUUUAGUGAAGCGUUUGCCAUUGUGAUAUUUCUCUGUUCGUUCAUUUAUUUUAAUAAAGUUUCCUUCAGUA